AUGCCCACACCAUCUCCGUUCCGUUUUCCUCCGCGUCCGGGUUCAUCUGCUCGACCUAGUGCUGGAUCUCAAUUUGCAUCCACUCCUCGCUUUUUGUUAUCUCAGAAGCCGAGUGAUCCGAAAAAAGCAAAAGCAAAGGAUGAGAUCAACACUAGUGAUGCGCAGGAGUCGCCGCGAUCAACGCCUCUCCCCACGGCGCGGGUCGCGCCGCAGCAAAGAGGACGAGAAUUAAUCGAGGACUCGCAAGAUGAUGCGACACAUCUCCUCAACUCGGGGCUGAGGAGAACCACCGAUGAUAUAUCUGACAGUGAGACGAACCACACAACUCCGCCGGAGGAUGCUGGCGAUAUUGAUGUCGCAUUUGAUGCGCUUUUCGGGCCGACUACAAUGGAUCGCAGGAAAAGACGCCGUAUAUCUCUGGAUGAAGAACCAUCUACGACUCAACCCGCAAAGCACAACGCAUACAUGAUCCUGACAUCUUCGCCGGAGACUUCAGCGUCCAUGGCAGAUCCGCCUUCGUCGCCGAUCCCAUUCCGUACUCCAAAGCAGAGUAGUCUGACAGCAGCUUCGCGGAGGACCGUAGCUGCUGCACAGCAAACGCCUAGGCCUGCGACUCCGGCAAGUACAGGACCAUUCCGCGGCCAUCCUCGCUUCAAGAUGUUUCAACCAGCAUUGAGCAGCCAGUCGCAAUUGACGGCACCAUCUGCGUCACAAUUACCGACCCCUGGACCCCAAAAACAGAAGCCAGUCUUUGUCCUGCCUCGCUCUCCGUCUCCAUCACGGAUGGACGACGAAUCAAUGAUUCCAACUCCAUUCUCCCCAUCCUCUCGUGCUCUUCGUCGGCGAGGCCGUCCCCGAUCCGGUACUGCAAACUACUUACCAGGCGGCAUGGCCUCGGACGUCCGCAGCUGGAUCCUGGAAACGGGAACUAAAAGCGAACAGAUGCAGAAGCGUCUGAAUUCUUCUUCUAGGGAUUACCAGACCCAGGGGCCACCUGAUCUAGGCCGGUAUUACCUUGUUCUUCGCAUCCUUGACGUUCGUCAGUCUGCGCUGGGAAGCUCCGGUCCACUGGCUUAUAUACAUGGCGUACAAGUCACUCCUCCUGGCGAGUCCGAACGCGCAAACUCGCAGUCGAGGAGAGUUCUCCUUCUUGGUCCGCCUAGGCUAGCUAGCUCGCAGUCCUCUCGUGCAAGAACUCAAAUUCCUGAGCUUCGCACUGGUCAUUUGAUCGGAGUGUUUCGGAGUCUGGUCUGGGAGGUUGGCUUGGAACAGUUGCAUCUAGAGGGGAAUGUGCCGAGGGACGAAACGCAAGAGAACGAAGAGCUUGUGAGCAGUCUUCUGUGCGAUACAAGCACCGAGCAUCUGGAGAAAUGGCUCGUUGGGAUGGAAUGGGAACUAAUCGACCAGGGUUGA